GUCGCUGGUUCAGUGAGGACCGUUCGCUGAAGCGGAGUCUCAGGUGUUUGAUGAAGUGUCAUGGAGGCUGUUAGCCACCAGCACUGCUGACGGGUUUCUUACUGUCUAAAUCCUGCUCUUAAUCUCGCUGUCAUCUCCUCUAGUGUAAAGCCAGCUAAAUCUGGAGCCAAAUUAAAAGUGUGUAAAGCAACCAUUACAAGAGACGGUUUCCUAUAUUCAUCUGACAGAACAGUGGAUUCUUCUUCCUGGUCUCCUGCAAACUCCCAGAGAUGCUGUCAGCAUCAAUACAGAGUUUAUCUUGAGCCUGGAUCACUUGGACCCUUCUGAAAAUUCACAGUGACAGAUUUUCAGAUGCAUUUAGGUUGAAAGCCGGUAGAGUCAUGGAGUCCAUGCUCAAUAAACUAAAGAGCACCGUGACCAAGGUGACCGCUGAUGUGACCAGUGCUGUCAUGGGCAACCCUGUGACGCGGGAGUUUGAGGUGGGCCGACACAUCGCAAGCGGGGGUCCAGGAAUGAGCUGGAGGAUCUACAAUGGCACCAAAAAAUCCACCAAACAGGAAGUGGCAGUCUUUGUGUUCGAUAAGAAGAUCAUUGAUCGCUAUCAGAAGUUUGAGAAGGAUCAGAUCAUUGAUUCACUGAAGAAAGGAGUUCAACAGCUGACGCGAUUAAGACAUCCGCGCCUCCUCACGGUCCAGCACCCCCUGGAGGAGUCCAGAGACUGUCUGGCUUUCUGCACAGAGCCUGUGUUUGCCAGUCUGGCGAAUGUGCUCGGCCAGUGGGACAACCUCCCUAGUCCUGUUCCCACAGACAUCAAAGAAUACAAACUCUACGACGUUGAGACCAAAUACGGCUUACUGCAGGUCUCAGAGGGUUUGUCGUUUCUUCACAGUGGGGUUAAAAUGGUUCAUGGUAACUUGUGUCCAGAGAACAUCAUCUUGAAUAAGAGUGGAGCCUGGAAGAUCAUGGGCUUUGACUUCAGUAUCUCCUCUAGUAACCCGUCUGAUGCUGAGCCCAAGUAUGUUUGUAAAGAGUGGGAUCCCAAUCUGCCGCCUCUCUGCCUCGCGAACCCUGAAUAUGUGGCUCCUGAGUACAUCCUGUCCGUCAGCUGUGACGCAGCCUCUGAUAUGUACUCACUGGGCGUAUUGAUCCACGCCGUGUUUAAUGAAGGCAAACCCGUAUUUCAGGUCAACAAGCAGGACAUAUUCAAAAGCUUCAGCCGACAACUGGACCAGCUGAGCCGUCUGAGUCCAGGAUUAUUGAGUCAGAUCCCAGAGGAGGUCAGGGAGCAUGUGAAGAUGUUGCUCAGUGUCACCUCAAACGUGCGUCCAGAUGCAGAUCAGAUGACAAAGAUUCCCUUCUUCGAUGAUGUUGGAGCGAUGACCCUUCAGUACUUGGACUCGCUUUUCCAGCGGGACAACUUACAGAAGUCUCAGUUCUACAAAAGUCUCCCCAAAGUUCUGCCCAAGUUGCCCAAGAGAGUGAUAGUAAACAGAAUCCUCCCGGCACUCACGUCUGAGUUUGUGAAUCCUGACAUGGUUCCGUUCAUUCUUCCAAAUGUGCUGCUCAUCGCUGAGGAGUGCACAAAGGAGGAAUAUGUCCGCCUCAUUCUCCCAGACCUCACCCCAGUUUUCAAACAGCAGGAGCCAGUACAGGCUAGCAACAUGAUCCUACUAAUAUUUCUACAAAAGAUGGACCUACUUUUGACCAAAACGCCUCCUGAAGACAUCAAGAACAGCGUUCUGCCCAUGGUGUACAGAGCGGUGGAAGCCCCCUCUAUUCAAAUACAGGAACUUUGUCUAAAUAUCAUUCCCACAUUUGCCAAUCUAAUUGAGUACCCAUCCAUGAAGAAUGCACUUAUUCCUCGUAUCAAAUCUGCUUGUUUACAGACAUCCUCACUAGCGGUGAGGGUGAACUCUUUGGUGUGCCUAGGCAAGAUUCUGGAAUACCUGGAUAAAUGGUUCGUCAUUGAUGAAAUUCUACCAUUCCUGCAACAAAUUCCAUCCCGGGAGCCAGCUGUGCUCAUGGGCAUUCUGGGCAUCUACAAGUGCACUUUCAACCAUAAGAAACUGGGCAUCCCAAAAGAGCACCUAGCUGGAAAGAGUUUACCUCAUCUGGUCUCACUUAGUAUUGAUAACAACCUUAACCUUAACCAGUUUAACUCUUUCAUGGCUGUGAUUAGGGAGAUGUUGAAUCGCAUGGAGGCAGAGCAUAAGACCAAAUUAGAGCAGCUGCACAUCAUGCAGGAGCAGCAAAGGAGUUUAAACAUUAACCAGAUCAACCAAUCAGAGGAGACUAAGAACACACCCAGCCCAGCCACACAAGUCAGAGAUAUCGAUGAGAUCUUUGGUAGCAAUUCAGGAGGUGCAGGUGUGAAUGGUAAAGUGAACGGUUCCUCAUGGACCAUCACACAACCCUCACGAGUGUCUCUCACCCUGGAAGAAAAGCAGCGUUUGGCUAAAGAACAGGAACAGGCUGCCAAACUAAGAAGCCAGCAGCCGCUGGCUCCGCAGAGUAUCAAACCAGCCACAACAACACCUCAGGCAAAGGAUCUGACCAGCAGUCUUCUGAACAACAUGACAUCUCUGAACAACUUCUCUUUGAACUCUGGGACCAGGACGAUGCCCAUGCAGGGCGGCACUAUAUCCUCUACCUUCCCAGCUGGACCCACAAUGGGUGGAAUGGGCACCAUGGGCGUCAGCAAUGGUUUCAACUCACCCAUGGGAUUCCAGACGGCAGGUAUGGGAAUGGGCAUGAGACCCGCUGCUCCAGGCCUCUAUGGAGGCAUGGCCACCACUACCAGCACUCCUAAUUUCAGUGCCCUGAACCAAAACCAACCCAGCAAGUCCCCAGACAUGUCCGUCCUAGACUCCCUCUUCACUUCUAGCAAACCCAAAGUCAGCAUGAACCAAAUGGCCCCUAAACCGGCCCCAGGAGCCACUGCACCUUCCCCAUGGCUCAAUCAGUUUGGUACAGGCCAGCCUUCCCAGACUGCACCCAUGCAGGCGACUCCGAUGGGGAUGGCGGGAGUUCAGGGUGGUUUUGGAAUGCAAGCAAACCCGUUCUUCAACCCUCAGAACUUUUCGCAACCUGUGGCCUCUUCAACAAUCAAUGCUGGAGGGAUGAAGCAAAGCACUUCAGUCAACAACGAUCUUAAAGACCUCUUUGGAUAAAGCAUUUGCAUUUCGUUCAUGUUCCCCCUUGUGUGGGAAUCAGAACCAUCAGCAGCGACGAUGACAGUCAAAAUUUGGUUGGAUGGUUGUUGUACAUGGUGUCCUUGAAAGACAGUGUUUAAAAGUUAUUCUGGCUAGUUUGGUAAUUUUUUUUUUUUUGCCCUUUCAAUGGUGCACUUACCUUUUGAAUUAAUCGAAGGCACCAAACAAACAUCGUGUUU